AUGGCAGGCGUUGAGUUUGAGGGACUCGAAGGUGCGCUGGAAAAGGCCUUGAGUGGCCGCGAGCUUGACGAAGUGACACGAAUACUCUAUGGCAAGCGCAUCCCUGCACUGGAGAUCCCUGCAAAGGCGCUGGACGCUGCUGAGAAAGCUAGCUUUGAAAUCAAGGGAUUUACCGUUGAGGCCCAACGAGAGCAAUUGAGAGCACCCAGAAAGGUACGUAUCGCGGCUAUUCAAAAUGCGAUCGUCCUCCCAACUACCUACCCUAUCGCCGAGCAACGCCAUGCUAUCUUCAUGCGGGUUGAACAACUUAUUGAUGCCGCCGCUAUCGCUGGCGCCAAUAUCGCGUGCUUGCAAGAGGCAUGGACCAUGCCGUUCGCUUUUUGCACGAGGGAACGCCUGCCUUGGACCGAAUUUGCGGAGAGCGCGGAAACCGGGCCAGCCACCCAGUUUUUGCAAAAGCUAGCCGCUAAGUACAACAUGGUCAUCAUCUCGCCAAUCCUCGAAAGAGACGAAGCCAAGGAUGAGGUCAUUUGGAAUACAGCUGUCGUCAUCUCCAAUAAGGGCCAUGUCAUUGGAAAGUCCAGGAAAAACCAUAUCCCCAGAGUCGGCGAUUUCAACGAAAGCACCUAUUACAUGGAGUCGCAACUUGGACACCCGGUAUUCGAGACCGCCUUCGGAAAAAUUGGGAUCAACAUAUGCUACGGGCGUCACCAUCCCCAAAAUUGGAUGAUGUACGCGCUGAACGGUGCCGAAAUCAUUUUCAAUCCUUCAGCUACGGUUGGCGGGUUGAGUGAACCGCUAUGGGGAAUUGAAGCGCGAAAUGCUGCCAUUGCUAAUCAUUGCUUCACCGUGGGCAUCAACCGAGUCGGAACUGAAUCAUUCCCAAAUGAGUUCACCUCUGGCAAUGGACUAGCGGCCCACAAAGACUUCGGACAUUUCUACGGCAGCAGCUAUGUUGCCUGCCCAGAUGGCUCGAGGACCCCGUCCUUAUCGCGAACGAAAGAUGGGGUGCUGGUCACAGAAGUUGAUCUCAACCUAUGUCGCCAAGUCAAGGACCAUUGGGGCUUCCGGAUGACCCAACGCCUAGAGCUCUACGGAAAAUCCAUCACCGAAGCUGCCAAGCCCGACUACAAGCCGCAAGUCAUUAGGGAUCAU